CCGCUCUACCUCGAUACCCGCUAUUUUCAAAAUGGCGGCCUUGCUGAGUCAUCUGAAGGGUGGUAGCCUCCCCUUGUCUCUCACCCAACUUAAUACACAUUCCGUACUGCUUUAAUAACUAAGGGCUGUAUCAUGAAGCUUAGGAUUCGUUUCGGUAGUCGUAGAGAGUUGUUAGAUUUCCCAGGCUUAGAUGACGUGACGGCGCAAGAAGUUGAAGACUCCGUGUCAAAUUUGUUAUCGCUCCAAAAUGGCAACUACUUCCUCUCUCUCAAUGGGACCUCCCCCUUGACGGAGGAUAAGUAUUUGAAUCUAUCUGAACUGGGAAUUGUCAGUGGUGACUUGAUUCACGUGGUCAUGUGUCGUGGUGUAGAGUGUACUUCUGCAAGCCCUGCAGUACAGGUAGCCCAAGUCUCUGGGCCACAAGCAGUUGAUACAACAUCACCAUCAACUUCCACUGAUUCUGGAGCAAUGGAAAGAGAGGAUGAAAGGUGUUCUGGUAAAUCAACUGAUAAAAGAAUCCGAACUGAGAGCCAGCAAAGUCUUUCUGCCUUGUCAGCCCAGGAAGUAACUGUAAAACACAUAAAAAUAAGUGAUAAGAUUGACGAGUCCGAGGCUGGUAGCUCUGCACCAGAAGAGAGCUCUUCAGGAGGAUCAGGAUCAGGCUGUGCGGUAAACGUGAUGCAACCAAGAGUCUUGCGGCUACAAGAUGGGAUUUCCUAUUUAUUAGAAAAGACUUACAAUCAAGCUGAUGUUUCAACUCUUCAUGAGGCUGUUUGCGUUGCUGUACAUGUUUUGAUGUUAGAGACUUGCUUCAAUCCAGUUACUAAGAAGGUACAGGAUGAUGAAGGAUCCAAAUCAGAUAAAAGUGAGUUUAGAGACCAGCCUCUCUUCAUUGGGAGUGGAUGGAAGACAAAGCGAGGGAUGGAGUUCCAGUAUAUUCACCCAGCGUGCCCUGGGACUAGCUGCUAUAUAGUAUGCGCAUCUCUUGGGCCAUUUGUACUAGCACAUGGUGUGACUGAAGGAAGUGAAAUACACAAAUGCCAUAUUCCUGCAGCAGAAUAUGUUAGAGGGAAUGUGGAUCUCAAAAGAAAGGGUGCAGUAGAUGUUUUUCAUAAUCUGGCUCGCCUCUCAAGGAUGGUGAAAGAUCAUGUAGUCUAUCCUUUACUGUCUUCCAUGAGACAUGAACUAGAUCUUCCUGAGCUAUAUGGCUUUAUGGCAAUUCCUUCAGAAGUCAAGAUAAUGGUACUCAGUUUGCUGCCUGUAAGGAGUAUCCUAGCCAUGUCAAGCUUGUGUCGAGAGCUCAACUCCAUUACAAAUGAUAACACACUAUGGCAUCACCUUUGUUUCAGAGACUUUGGGACAUCUCACAGAAAUCAUGUUACAAACUGGAAAGUGGAAUACGUACGGAUUUAUAAAGAAAAGAGGGUUACAAGAAUUUACCCACCAUUAUAUAUGUCCCCUGAAUGGAUAACUGGGCGUAGCCCUGCGAGCAUGUUUCCUGAGGGUCCACCAGGAAUUAUUGGCGGUAGAAGUGAUGUCUACCCAAACCUGCCCUUUAUGCCUGGAGGAUUCCAUCAGCCUGGCCACGCCCCAGGCCCAGGGAUGCACCCUCGGUUUGACCCUUUUGGACCUGUCCCAGAAAUGGACCUUUUUCCAGGGCGACAUCCUCGCGGUCCAGGGAGAGGAAGGGGAAGAGGACCGUUUGGUGGGAACCCACCAGGUCCAUUCUUCUGAGCCAUCUCUUAGUUGUUUGAACUGUUUCUAAUUAGAUGCCUAAAGCUACUAAGUACUCAUCAAUUCACAGUGGGAAAUUGAUGUAUUGGAUGGCUGAUGUCUUCAGUCCUUGAAAGGUUCUUAGGUCAACAUACUUGCACUAAGAAAUAACGUGACUUUUUGAGUGGCAACUAACCCCAAAUUAUGGCCUCGGACGUCAUGCCAGAGAGAGACGAAAAAAUGAAUAUUUUAGCUGAUUCGUAAGUGCUCAAUAGGAUGCUAUUUUGUUGUUGUUAUUUUGCCUCCAGAAGCUGUAGCGUGCACGAGUUUCCCGCCCAAAAGUCACGUGAUCUCUAAGUGCAGGAAGAGUACUACAAAUGACGGUUCUUAUUCCUCUUUGUUGAGAAUUGGUUUUCUAAUAAACUUGUAAUGCCAAGAGA